CAGAUUUGACGUUGACGUUUGGACGCUAAAUACUAUUUUUAUUUUCGUUUCGUGAAUCGUUUACGUAAAACAACAAUAAUUGCUUUUUAGGCCCGACGUGGGCUUUCAAAGUUUCGCUAAAUCCUCAGUGCAGUGAAUGCCCAAAAAUGGCAGAAACUUGUGAUUGGCAGUUAAGAUGUACGGAGCUGAAGCACCGAGGUUCUCACCUUUUACAAUCCGGCCAGUGGUCUGAUUGCUCGUUCCUGGUGGGCUCGGAGCCGCACCAGGUCGUGGUACCAGGCCACAAGCUCAUUCUGGCCAUGGCGUCGCCGGUGUUUGAGGCCAUGUUCUACGGAGGAAUGGCUGAAAGAAACGAGCCAAUUCCAAUUCUGGAUGUGCAACCAGAAGCUUUCAAAGCGUUGCUAGAAUAUAUCUACACAGACAACAUAAAUAUAAGCUCUUUCGACAAAGCCUGCGAACUGUGCUAUGGAGCCAAGAAGUACAUGCUGCCGCACCUGGUGAAGGAAUGCACGCAGUAUCUCUGGUCCGACCUGUAUCCCAAGAAUGCUUGCCGCGCUUACGAGUUCGCCAGAUUGUUUGAGGAGAGUAUGCUUAUGGACAAAUGUAUACAGAUAAUAAGCACCAACACAAAAGAAGUGCUCACAGACAGCAGUUUUGAAGAGGUGGAGCUGAGUACAGUGAUAACUGUGUUCUCGCUGGAGCACCUAAACGUGGACAGCGAGCUGGACCUUUUCGAGGCGGCGGCGCGUUACGCGCGUGCGCAGGCGCGCCGCCAGCCCUCCCUGGGGCCUGCGAGCCCCAAACCCGCCACCAGCGAGGAGAAGGUGGUAGUAGUGGAAAGCAGUGCGGAAAGCAGCCCGCUCUCGGGGUCCGGCGAGGGUUGCGCCUCCGUCUCGGGCUGCUCGGGCUCGGGCUCGGCGCGGCCGCGGCGCCCCCCGCCCCCGCCCGGCCCCGAGCCCGACGCGCCGGGCGCCAACACUGAGUCCGAGCCCGGUGAGAGCGACGCGCACAUUAGGACAGACAAGCUGAGCAUCCGUCGCGCCGUCGAUAAGAUCCGCUUCCUCACGCUCACGCCCCAACAGUUCGCCGAGGGCCCCGCGCGUUCCUCGCUCCUCACAGAAUCGGAGGCCUUCGCGGUCCUCAUGAACAUCCUCUCCAGCAGCUCUGAUGUUCCACUCCCAGCUGGCUUCAGCUCCUGCCGGGUGCCGAGGAAGCAGCUCAUCGGCAGCGGACCCUCCAACAAUAUGCCGACGUUCACGGUGGACACGCCGUCGCCCGUGAUGGUGGAGCACCCGGAGCGCCCGCUGCCCGCGCUGCCCUAUCCAAGGCCUCGGCACGACGUUCCAGGUGUCCGAAUGUCCUCUUCCAUCCACACGCUCUCAGCGCUCGGCCCCGAGCACCUGGAGCGACACAGCAACGACUUCAACAAGAUCUACUGUCAGCGGCCCAUCAUACAGCACACCGACUGUUUGAACACCAGCGUUCUAGACUGCUCUGUGACCUUUAUGGUGGAUAAGAACAUCUGUCUACUCGGGGUUCAGGUUCCAACGCAAGCGCCAAGCGAGGAGAGCGCCGUGUCCGCGCUCGGCGGGACCGGCUACUCCGAGCUGCUGUACGCGCAUCUGCUCGACGCCGACGGCGCACGGCUCACGUACACACACUACACCAACCGGGUGCCUUACAGACAUCUACUGGAUAUCAUGUUUAACAGACCAGUCUAUAUACAGCGGAACAAGGUAUACAAGGUGGGCAUAGUGUUCAACAAAGUGGGCUGGUACCCGAUGGGCUCCUGCGCCCAGCAGGUGGCCGCCGAGUCCGUCUUCUUCAACUUUGGGAUUGGGCAGUCGAGCGACUCGGUCCGCGACGGACUCAUACGGUCCAUCAUAUUCACCUACUAGCACACACACGGUGGAUACGUCCACAUCACCUAGAAUAUUUAUUUAUCUAUAAAUACGUUUACACGACUUUACAGUAAACCAAUACGUAAUGAGACUAACACAACAACAUAGAAUCAUUACACUAAGUAUAACAUUACAUUUCACACACGGAUAACAAACAUUACGUUACACUCGAGGGCCUAUCAUCACCUCACAGAACCUCAAGCAUUCGUUUCUCACAGCCACCCAUCGCCAUGCAAUCAGAUCGCAUUCCGGUGCUGACGCCAAGAGCGCAUUAAGUAGAGAGAGAGCGCGCGGCAGUGGCGAUUUCCUUCGCGACACAGUUCGCGUAGCCGGCACAGCUUAAAGAACGCGUCUCCACGGCCUGAGAUCUAUUCUGGAGACACCUGGAAGUGGAACAAACAGUCGCACGCAAUAUGUCUGUCUCACUCUAUCUAUACCAGUCCAGACUAGGUCCUCGAUGGGCUCAUACGUUUUAUCAUAUUAACCUACCAGCACACACAGGGUGGAUACGUCGACAUCAUCUAGGGUUAGAAGCGGACCAAGCUAACUCGACACGGCAUUUGCAAUGCCAAAGGGUGGCAAUCUUAUCAUUAAUGCCAAAUUUCUAUGAAAAUAUGUCGUUACACCCUCACUUUGUUCUUGGUCGGUGCAGGAUUAGCUAAACGUCAAAAACAUAUGUAGGUAAUGCUGGUAAUAUCACAAAUGAGAUAUCUCUCGAAUGCGUAAUAUGGCAUUACGUAUCACUCCGAGAAAUCAAACAUUACUUCAAACAUCACUCAUUACGCGAGCGCGAACGACCGAGCGAUUCAAUACACUUAUUUUAUAGAUUCACAAUAGAUUUUUAUUUGGUAUUAAUCAUAUACCGUCCGUUACAUUAAGUUACAUAAUAAUAAUUAAUUACAAAAUUAUCAUAAAUUAAAAUACAUAUUUCAAUAAAUUAUUCCAUUUCCCAUAAUGAUAGACUAGAUAUAAUUAUAAUACUUAAUGGAUUAUAAAUAAUAUAUUUCAAUGUAUGUACUAUUAAACUUUAUGAGACUUGUUAUUUAAAAAAAAUGUGACU